AUGGCAGGUGUGGUAUACCCCGGACAGGCCCCUGUGGAUUUAGACAUAUACCAAAGCUCUUACAUGGUCGACUAUAAGGCCUAUGGGGAGCAUAAAUAUUCCGGUGUCACACCACAAGAGAAGGUGAAGCUCAAUGUUAAACUCCGGGCCAAAGAGUUUUACAGGGCCAUCCCCAACCCCAACCCCAGGCUGGUGGAUGGAUACCCUGCCUUCAAAAGAGUCCACAUGACAGCAAAAGACCUGGGACAACCUGGCUUCUUCCCACCACCUGACGAUGCAGUCCAAGCAAAUGACCAGUACAAGUUCACGAGUACCUACCACUCAACGUACCCAGCUUCCCAACCUCUGAACCCGGCCCAGAGUGAUCCCAACCAGGUUUACCAGAGUGCUGACUUCCCGUGCCUCCUGGAGCCUGAGCACCAACCUGCUGCAGAAGAGGGCAAAGGCUAUCUCCUACUGCCCGGCUGCUCUUGUCCUCAUCAUCAGAUGGCCAAGGUCCCCAUCUUGUACCGGUGGGGACCUUUGAGGCCAUUUUACCAGUAA